AUGUCGCCGACACCAGCCUUUCCUUCCAUGACUUCGUUUCUGCUCGCCGUUGCCUUGCUCCUCUCGUUUAUUGCUUCUGCCCGCGCCGACCUGAACAAUGACACCUCGCCUACAUCUUUCUUCCACUCGAGACCCGAGAUCCAUGCCCCUAUAAUACAGUUCGACGUGCUGUGGCCCGACUUCGUGUCGCCCGGCUACAUUUUUCUUUCGCCCUACCGCAACGUCGACCCGGGGCCCUACAUUUACGACAACUAUGGCAACCUUGUGUGGUCCGGAGCUGGUCUCAUGGGCCCCAUGGUCGGCCACGCGCCCCGAGUCUGCGACUACCAGGGCGAGGACCACCUUUGCUUCUACCAGGGCGAGCAGUACCAAGGCUUUGCCCGUGGCCACGGCAUGAUCAUGAACAACGAGUACCGCGUCAUCAAGACGGUCGAGAGCGGCGGAUCCACCGCACAGGCCGACAUGCACGAGUUCCGCGUGCUUCCUGGCGGCAAGACGGCGCUGAUGACCGUCUACCAGACCCGCCAGUACGACCUGGCGCCCUUUGGAAUCGAGCGAGGCAUGGGCUGGAUCGUCGACAGCGUCUUCCAAGAAGUCGACGUCGAGACCAAUGAUGUGGUGUUCGAGUGGCGCGCCCUGGACCAUGUGUCACCAAGCUUCAGCUACACUCUGCCCGCCACCACCGACACCAGCGGGGACGGUCGCUCGCGCAACUCGCCGUGGGACUAUUUCCACAUCAACUCCAUCGACAAGAAUGAGGAUGGCGACUAUCUCAUUUCAUCCCGGCACAUGGCCGCCGUGUACAAGGUCUCGGGCGAGGACGGGCACGUCAUCUGGGAGCUGAACGGCGCGAACCCCAGCUUCCACAACCUCAACUUGCACUUCUCCAGCCAACACCAUGCGCGCUGGCUGAAGGAGAACUCGACGCACACGGUCCUUUCCCUCUUUGACAAUGCCAGCAAUCAUUACAAUACGACGAACCCCUGGUCGCGCGGCAUGACCAUCGCCAUCAACCACGUCGACCGCACCGCGUCGAUGCUCCAGGAAUGGCUGGCUCCGGAGGCGGCGGGAGGGCUGCUGUCGGGGUCGCAGGGCAACAUGCAGGUUCUCAAGGACGGCCACGUCAUGAUUGGGUGGGGCAACAACCCCUUCUUCUCGGAGCAUCUGCCUACGGGCGAGGCCGUCAUGUAUGGCAAGCUCGCGCAACCCGAAUCGGGCGUGGUCAACUACCGCGUGUACAAGUUCGAAUGGUCGGGCACGCCGCGGGACAGCCCGGCGCUAUGGACGUACUCGCGCACGGGAACCAGCGUUGCGGGCAUGGUCUUCUACGUAUCGUGGAACGGCGCUACCGAGGUCGAUUCGUGGCAAUUCUACGCGGCCAACGACGCGAGCGGGCCGUGGGAGUUUGUGGGCAACGCGACCAAGCGCGGGUUCGAGACGAGGCUGCGCAUUGAGACAGUCAAGCCGUAUGCGUUUGCAGAGGCGCUGGACCAGGGCGGCAACGUGCUGCGGCGCUCGGCCGUCACCAAGACGUUUGUGCCGUCGGCGGGCCUCAUGCCGUCGUGCGACGACUGGAGCUGCCAGCAGCACCCAGAGCUCGCGGAGGGUGAGGUCAUCGAAGCGCACGCGCCGUUUGUGGCCAACGGCGGAGCGAACUGGAACACGGGCCUCAACAGCGGGAACUACUACCUGAGGCUGCCGAUGUCGAUGGGAGCGAGCAUUGCAAGCAUCGCGGGCCCGCUGGGCGUGGGCGUGGCGGUGGUGGCACUGCUCGCGCUCUGUCUCUACAAGCACCGGGCGAUGCGGGGCGUGUCCGGCUGGCAGCGUUCGCUGCAGCAGCGCGCGGCGGGGCUGCAGGAGGUGCUCGGCGCGGACGGGGUACGGCAGCGGAUGCUGCAACAGUAUAAGCGAGUGGGGGAUGCGGAGUCGGGGUUGUGA